AUGACCCAGUCACUCCCAGGUUCAUACAUGUGAGCUCUGCGGGAGUUACUCAGCCUGACAGGCCUGGACUUGAUUUAAGCAAACAACCUCCCGCCGUCCGCUUGAAUAAGGAGUUGGACUUCAUUCUCACAUUCAAAUUGAAGAGGGAGGAUUUGAUGCGGGAAAGUAGAAUUCCAUAUACAAUUGUAAGGCCUUGUGCGCUUACUGAAGAGCCUGCUGGAGCCGAUCUCAUUUUUGACAAGGGAGAUAAUAUAACGGGGAAGAUAUCGAGGGAAGAAGUUGCUCGUAUAUGUAUUGCUGCUCUUGAAAGCCCAUAUGCACGCAACAAGACAUUCGAGGUUAUAAAUUCGUCCACUUUUGGCAAUUUUUGUCAUGAGAUAUGGAGUAUCAUGUGCAUUAUUUGUUGGUUUUAGCAAAAUAGAUGCCAUCUAUCUCUCUAACAAAAUUAAACUAACUUUAUUAACUCUUGUAACUUAAACAUGGUCAUUUAUUGGUGCUAGACUUGGAUACAAGGUGUUGGACACGGGCA